UUAAGCCGAUGGAGAUCAAGUUCGAACCAACAGCGUACGCAGAACUCAUUGGCGUAAGCAACUGUAAUCCAGUAAAUCACGUAAUAAAAAGUCAGCCAUUAUUUUGUCACGAGACAGUAAUUGUUUGUCAGUCAGUGAUAGAACUGUGAACUCGUCAGUCACAAUACCUACUCUAAUACCGGAGAAGUUGUUUCGGUUUUGAUUGAGACGUCUUGCUACCGAUUCACCCGUUGGCCAUCGCACGGAAAGAAAGCAUUCUGCCAUGUAUAAGCUGCUCAUCGUAUUUGCUCUAGUUGGAGUGAUAAUCGCCGCUCCCUCGCAGCGUGAUGAGAUUGAUGACGAGAUUGGUUCGAUCAGACAAUGUUUCAAUGAUAUGGUCGUUUCUUUCGAGGAACAAAUGUUAGAUGAGUUACGAGAAACGAUAGCCGAUGCUCACUUCACAAUCGGUGUUUUACUCGAACGUCGUCAACGCUGCGAGGAACUUCCGAUGGACGAUCCACCAACGCGGCCUCAGUUAAUCGCUCUCGAGGCCUGUAGAAAUGCCUGGCGCAUGAAUGUGGCAACCGAACUGACUCGCCUCACUAUUGCUUUCAAUCAGCAUCUCGAGUCGGGACGUGAUUUGCUUGUAGAAUUCAUUCAAUGUUCCUGGGCCAACUUACCGCGCCCGCGACAACUGGAAUUUCAGCUUCCACAGCGCAGUGAGAGUGCAGUAGAUGAAGACCUGAUCGCUCAAUGCUUGAAUCGUCCACUGGAAUUUAUUGAGACUGGCAAAAUGGACCAAGCACUCGAGUUGAAUGGUGCGAGCCGACAAAUUUUUGCCGAUCUGAUAGAGCAACGCAGACGGUGUAAUGAGCUCCCGCGGGAUGAUCCACCAACGCGUCCGCAGGAAAUCUCUUUCCUGACUUGUGAGAAUGUGUGGCGACUGAACGCGGUCAUCGACUUGAGUAGAGUUUCGGCAGCUCUGAGCAGUCACGCCGAUGGUGGGCGUGAUCUUAUCAGUGAUUUUUCGGAAUGUUCGGGCUUCAGUUUAUAAGAUUAGGUUUUUAGUGGCAACGAAAUUAUCGGUGUCGAUGCAACAAGACAGUCUAUCAAAAUACGAACAAAA